GACCACAUGUUGCCCUAGUUUGGGCAGUCCUCUGUGCCUCAAUUCAUGUGAAAGAGGCUGAGAGAGAGAAAAGUGAGGAUUUGUUUGACUGGGAACUUAAUGGGAUGGCCAGAUAAAUUAUUGGGUAGGAAAAAUUCUAGCAUGGCUGUUGCCUAGCUUUACUUGGAGUCCUGGCAUAUGAGCAUGUAGGCAAUCUGAUUUCCAGGAAAGUAGUUAUGUGCUGAUAGGAUAGCGGUAGGACUGUUUUCCUUUUCAUGUGAAUAGUCAAUGAAUCCAGUCAAUUAUGCAUAUAUUUUUAAGUACAUACAUCAGAAUGAGCCAUUUUUAUUGCAGUAUUUGAGAUCUUGGUGUAUUUUUUAAAAAUGGAAAUAUUAGCAUAGUUUUGAAAUCUGGAGUGAGUCAAAAGGUAGCAAGGUACACUUUUAAAAACAACAAUGAGUCUUCUUGACUGUGGCUUCCCAGUGUAAUCACAAAUAUCAAUAUAUAAAUACAAACUAAUGACAUGUGUAAAUCUAAUUUAUAAAUUACAGUUUAUAUUAUACACAUAAAAAACAAAUCUGGCUGUUAUCACUAAGAAUGGAGAAUUCUGUUUGUUGCUAUUGAAUGUUUCACAGCAUUCAGGAUGGACUGAAGAGAGGGUGUUGGGCCUCAUAAACCAUUGCUCUAAUUCAUUAGUACAGAUGUUGCAAUCACCAUCUGGAUCUUGGUACAAUACUAGCCUCAAAAGAACACAGUUGCGUCUUUCUUUAGUGUGGGAUGGAGUGACCUAUGGCAUAAUACACAGAAUGAGACUGAUGACUGUACAUGCAACAACCUUUCCCAUGGCAGUCCAGUCCGAAAGCAGAAGAUGAUUGUGAAAUGAUGGCUGGGUAUGGAAAUAGGAAGGGAAUGCAGAAGCUGAAGGUUGCAUGUGUUGGAGAUGAUAGUUGCUGAGCAAGCUGCAAAACAUAGCUGGUCUGUCACUAAUUUGCUCAUACAGAGCAUGUGAGUGGUAACUGGUGGUGUGAUGGAAAAGGGGGAACUGUUUAAGAGUGAGAUUGCAUAACCACUCUUUGUCUUUUUCUCUGUUGCCAUUAGAUGAAAGUAAUUAAACAUUCCGAGCAAGUUUUGAGGGUGGCUCUGAUCUCCAAGGAUGCACAGCUUGUGAAACUUUAUGAGAUGUUUGAACCUAAGGAGAAGCUUUUGCUAAAUGAAGCAUUUCAGCCAGAGAGUGCUCUCUUUAAGCCCAUCACACUGCAUUGUGACUCAGAUUGGAUUUCCUCGCACCCAGAACCGACCCAGGAUUUUGCACAGUUUUAUCAUGAUCCUUGCAGAAACAUACCAUCUCCCCAGAGGAAUCGGAUUUAUGUCCAGCCCAUUGGUUCUUUUGGAGAUUCCAGAGUUAGCACAGAUGUCUACAUGAAAUGGCUUAAGGAUUACUGCGAAGCUUUUUAUUAUGGUUUGACUGUAAGAAUCCUAGGGCCAGAGCCGGUUUCACAGACGGGUUGUGCUUUUCGAAUCAAUGAAUACACACACAAUCUGCAGCUUCAUGCAGGGCAUCUCUUGAACUACCUAAAGAAAAGAAAGCCAAAGGAUGCUUUCUGCAUUGUGGGAAUAACUAUGAUAGAUCUUUAUCCUAAGGACUCCUGGAAUUUUGUCUUUGGACAAGCCUCCUUGACUGAAGGAAUGGGGAUAUUCAGCUUUGCCAGAUAUGACAGUGACUUUUAUAGUACAAAAUACAGAGGCAUAUUAAAGACUACGAAGAAGCUUCAUCCAGCUGACUAUUCUGUGUUUGAUGGUUACUACACUCCUGACAUCACAAGCAAGCUGCUUCUGAGAUCCUGCAAAACCCUGACUCAUGAAAUUGGACACAUCUUUGGGCUCCAUCACUGCCAGUGGCUGCAGUGUGUUAUGCAGGGGUCCAAUCACCUGGAGGAGUCAGACCGACGCCCAAUAGAUCUUUGCCCCAUCUGUUUGCGCAAGCUGCAUUCCUCCCUGGGCUUCAACCUCAUGCAACGAUACAAGGCAUUGCAGAGGUGGAUAGAGGAAGACACUAAUGAAACAGAAGCAGGACUCAGCAAUGAAGCUAGAUCAGGUUUGAAGAAACCAGUGGAAGCUUUUAAAGAAAGCUAUGACUGGAUUGCAAAAUGUCUGGAUCUUCUAGAGAAGUAAACCCUUUGGGUCAGAUUUCCCACUGUGCACAAUUUUCCAGGUUAAUUUUUCUUCAUUGCAAAACUUUAUGUACAUCGUGUAAAAGCCUGCGUACUGUUAGUCAUUAAGGUAAUAUUUUAAAACUUGGAAACAUUUAGUGUUGUUCAUAUGGUAGAAGGAUAAGGGAACAUAGCUUUAUUGGAAUCCAGAAAUUGUAUAACUAUAAUUGUCGAAACAUUUAUUUUUAACAUUAUGCCAUUGACAGGUUAGAAAAGUGGAAUUAUUAUUAUUAUUAUUAUUAUUAUUAUUAUUAUUAUAACAUUUCUAUGCCGCCCCUUGCCGAAGCCUCGGGGCGGCUUACAACACAAUAAAAUACAAUACAAAAAUAACAAUAUAACAAUAUAUACAGGAAUGCCUGUAUCAAAGAGGAGCCACACUAAGCAUCG